GUCGUCGUAAUUAUCCGGAUUGCUCAUAAACCCUAGUUUCUUCUACAUCCCCAAAUUUUGAAUUUUGCCAUUUUGGGUCUGGAGAGUGGAUCAAUGGAACACUCAUCGAUUUUCACCGGCACUCGGUCCAUAAGUCACUGAACAUAUAUUGUGAGUUUGGAGAAAUUUUCAGAAUUUUUCUUGUCGUCUUCUUAUGAGCUAGAAUCGUUUCAAGCAUUGCGUUCUCAUGUAUACUACUCUGAUUCUCAAUGGAAGAAGGUGUCUCGUGUUACAGAAAUGGCCUAAUUUGAGAUUUGCUGUGAGCCUUGUUCAAAAUGUAUCUGCUUUUUCCAAUCCCUUCUCGUCUGCUAGUGCUGCUGCAGAUGUGAGCCCUCCUCAAGAUGGUCGAAAAGGGAAGACUUUUAAUGUCUUUGACCUCGUUGAUUCAUUGGAUUUGACUAGGAAACUCGCAGAAUCGAUCUCAAGGAAAGUCAGCUCCGACGGCAAAGGAGAUCCUGAUUCUGUUCUGAAUCUUUUGACUAGUAAUGGGUUCACAGAUUCUCAGAUCUCCAGCAUCAUUACGGUUUAUCCACGAUUGCUUAUGUUAGAUGCUGAGAAAUCCCUUGGUCCCAAGCUUCAGUUUCUACAGUCAAGAGGAGCUUCAACCUCUGAGCUCACUGAGAUUCUUUCAAAAGUCCCUACAAUCUUGGCAAGGAAAGGGGAGAAAACUAUCAGCAUAUACUAUGAUUUCGUCAAAGAGAUUGUAGAAGCAGAUAAGAGCUCCAAGUAUGUAAAGUUGUGUCAUUCUUUGCCACAGGGUAGUAAGCAGGAGAAUAAGCUCCGAAAUAUAUUGGCUUUGAGAGAACUUGGUGUGCCUCAGAAGCUGUUAUUCUCUUUGCUCGUCUCUGAUUUCCGGUCUAUAUCUGGAAAAGAAAGAUUUGAAGAAUCCCUCAAGAAGGUUCUUGACAUGGGCUUUGAUCCGACAACCUCAAAGUUUGUCCAAGCUUUACACGCCGUUUACCAAAUGAGCGACAAAACGAUUGAAGAAAAAGUCAACAUCUAUAAAAGGUUAGGCUUUGAUGUGGAAGAUGUAUGGGGAAUGUUCAAGAAGUUCCCACAGUUUCUGAUAUACUCGGAGCAAAAGAUAGUGAACAAGGUUGAAACAUUUCUAGGCCUAGGAUUCAGCAGAGAUGAGCUUGCGAUGAUGGUCAAGCGCUUUCCUCAGUUACUUGGAUGUUCCUCAGAGACAUUGAUGAAGAAGACUGAGUUUGUGGUGGAGAAGAUGAAUUGGUCACUAAAGGCUGUAGCUUCAAACCCUGCGGUGUUUGGAUACAACUUUGAGAAGAGGAUUGUCCCAAGGUGUAACGUAAUCAAAACUCUCAUGUCCAAAGGAUUGAUGGGAAGUGAGCUCCCUCCAAUGUCUCUUGUGUUGGCCAUUACAGAUGAAGCUUUCUUAACCAAGUUUGUAAGGAAGUAUGAUGACAAGGAGCUUGUUGCCGAAUUGAUGACUAUCUUAACCAAGGGUCGAGUCUCAUAGCUCGUAAGGCUUGUCAAAGUGUUUUUUUUUUCUCUGUUAGUUUUAGAUUCGUCGAUGAAUCUUUUGAUACCGACAUGGGAAGCGAAAGAUGCAGAGUGUCAUGCGAUUUGAUGUUGAGAUUUUGGAUUUCUUGCAUCUAUAUUAAGAUACAGUGUCAAAUACUAUCACCAACAGUUUGGGUUGUGAUCUAUAACUGAUCUUGGUUUUGCCCCA